ACCCGUUUCAAAUCUGACUAUCCCAAACUGAGAUCCUCUUUAAACUAACAAUUCAAAAAACCCAGAUCAAAAUCUCCACCAUGACAGCAUACAAUGCACUAAAAGCCGUGAGUUUAACUCACGUAAGGUACCAAAGAGGUGACCAACUAGGCCAUUUCCUAGCCUGGGUUUCUUUGGUUCCCGUUUUCAUUUCCCUCGGUGGCUUCGUCUCUCAUUUCAUUUUCCGCAGAGAGCUUCAAGUGAUGUUCUUUGCACUAGGCCUAGUAAUAUCUCAGUUCAUCAGCGAACUCAUAAAAAAAUCCGUUCAACAAGCCCGGCCCGAAACGUGUGUUCUUUUAGAAAUGUGUGAUUCUCACGGUUGGCCUUCGAGCCACUCCCAAUACAUGUUCUUUUUCACCGUUUACUUCACUCUCUUGACUUGCAAAGGGAUUGGUGGGAUUUGGAAUGUUAGAACCAAGUGGGCCGCUUUGUUUUUGCCCUGGUCUUUGGCUGUUUUGACCAUGUAUUCUAGGGUUUAUUUGGGUUACCAUACGGUGGCCCAGGUCUUUGCCGGAGCUUCAUUGGGGAUUUUUCUCGGUGGGGUUUGGUUUUGGCUGGUGAAUUCCAAGCUCUUCCGUUAUUUCCCUUUGAUUGAAGAGAGUCCCUUUGGGAGGUUCUUUUAUGCCAAGGAUACUUCUCAUAUAUCAGAUGUGUUGAAGUUUGAGUAUGAUAAUGCAAGGGCCGCCAGGAAAAAUAUGGCUGCCAGAAAAGCCAUGGCUACAAAGAGCAGCUGAUUGAAUAGCAAUGCAUUGGGUAGGCAUCUUCACAUCAGGGUUUCAAGCUCCAACUUCUAUGCCUAUGGAUGAUUCAAAUGAGAAGGAAAAUGGGACCAUUGGUGUUUAAGGUUGCUGUGUGUGUGUGUGCGCGUGUGUUUCGUUAGUUAAGAACAUGCUGUUGUUUCUAUUUGCUGUCAUACCACAAUGAAAGAAACAUCAUUACAGAACAUUUACGUAUGUCAUUUACAUAUUUAAAUUU